AACCUGAUCAAAAAAGGAACAUUUGUUUAUUUGUAUUAGCCUGAUGUUAUCAUCAAUGGAAUUGGCAAAGGUCCUACAUACCAGAAGAAAAUUUAUUCUCAUUGCGGAAACACUGAACGGGAGACUAAUGAAACUUGUGAUUUUUCUCUCUUGCGACAUAAAUUCCUGCUUAUUUUUUCGCGGGGGAACAAAUCCAUUUUUACAAUCGAAUGCUUCUCUCUUUACUUUCUUAAGCUGUGAACGUCGUUGUCAAAAGAAUCAACCUGUCCUCUAGGACAUCUCUAGUGAUCAAACCAAACUAAUAUAAUAGCAAGCUUAUAACCUUCACGAGCCGAGUUAUUACAAGUUUCUGACUGUUUUUAUGAUUGAGGUUGCUUUGUAGAGGACUUUAAUUUCGUCACGUCCUUUACAUGUGAUCAGUGGAGUCAACCUUUAUAAUCCCUAAAAAAGACAAAAGGGAAAAAAGAGGAAAGGGAAGAUCAAGGUAGACUGCAGUAACGUUUUUCUUUACACCAGACUCAUGGCCUCAGAUUUUAAGUGAUUCUUUUCAUACAGAAAAAUACUUUGGUUCCGAAAUGAAGUGUACUGUGAAGAAGAGUCACGCAGAAAUCCCGGUGGGUUUCUGCUCUGUUGAUUUCGUAGUGAUCUGAAAUAACUGGACAUGAAAUGUGAGACAGACACGCGAAAAACGCGCGAGAUUUGCGCGGGAAACCUUUGAGAGUCACGAGGACCAAUGAGAGGGCAGGAUUGAAUACAAACAAAAUACUUCAGGGAGUAAUAUUUUUUGCACGACGAUCACGGUAAUAUUUGAAAUGGUGUCCGCUUAAUUUUUGAAUGAGCAACGUGCUGCGCACUAUUUCUAGUAUUCACAUUUCAAAGAGCGAAAAUUUCCGCAACGAACAAAGUUGAUGUUUACUUGAUCCAAAAAAGAGCUUUGCUAAGCUGUUUCACUUUCGAAAUGGCGUCUGUUACGAAAUCAGUGAGAUUUGGGAGAAGAAAAUCAAUGGGAAAACUAGAGUGUCAAGUUGUACUUCUAGAUAAUUCCCUCUUUGUGGCUACUUUUGACAAGAAGUCUACAAAAGGACAAGAGCUUUUUGGCAAUGUGUGUCAUAAGCUUGGUUUGCCGCCAAAUGCGAGAAACUACUUCGGGUUACAGUUCGUUGAUGGGGUCGAUGGCGAGUUGUCGUGGCUUGAUUUAGAAAGAGAAAUACGACCUCAGCGAAGAAAACCUUACACUUUUCAGUUUGCUGUCAAGUUCUAUCCAUCAGAUGCCAGCGUCGAGUCCAAAGAAGUCCAGGAACUAUUGGUUUUACAAAUCAAAGAUUCUUUGAUUCGGGGUAAAUUUGUCACUUCGGUCAAUGAACAUGCGAUCUUGGACGGGUUCUUCGCUCAAGCCCUUCUUGGGGACUUCAAACCUAAGUUUCACACUCGUGGCUACCUGGAGGAUUUAUUGGGAUCAUUUUUUGCUCCACCGAAUGGAAUAAAUUGUGAUGUUGAACUGAGCGAAGAUAACUACGAAGGCAUGGUGUACAAUUUACAUCGUUCGCAUAAAGGUAUGACCGCGAGCGAGGCAAGAAUCGCUUUCUUGGAGAUCGCCCACUGCCUUCCGUUUUACGGUAUGUCGUUACACCAUGGAGCGACGGAUAAAAACGGUAAUUCAGUGGUGUUGGCUACUUGCAGUAGCGGAGUUCUUGUAUUCGAUGUAGAUAACUUUGGAGCACCGGGUAAUGUGACUGUGAACUUCCCGUGGCAUGAAAUCGUCACCAUGAUUUAUCAAAACAGGAAAUUUUAUGUGGUUGUUUACUCAGAGGAAAGGAAAGACGGAGGUAGUUUUUCGUACAGGUUUCACGGGCAUUUCGGUCACAAGGCCGCAGAAAGAGUUCUCAACGACGCUUUACAGCAUCAGGCGCUUUUUCACCAGCCAGAGAAGAAGCUAUUUCGACGAAGCAAGUCCUUUGGCGAGGUGGAUUCUCAUUUGGCCAUGGGGCAGUUCAAGCGGAACGACAAGAAAUACGCUACGACUACUGGCAAGAUCCGUAGCCGCGGAUCUUUCAAGAAAUUCACCGAUUCUAUCAAACGAAAGAUGCCUCGGAGGCAGAGAAGUGCUAACUUGUCGGAUUCAGCAGUUGAGGAAAGCCCCAACACUAGCGUAAUGACUUAUGUGUAAAGUCUUUCUUUGUUACAAAUUAAUUGUACAUUCGCGUAUCUGUAGUAUUGAAUACACGUGGCUAGCUAUAAAUUUGCUAUUUAAUACCUUAACAGUGGCAAAAGUCUUUGAAGCGAGACGAAGUGCUUUCGAAGGACUAGUCCAUAUGUAAGGGACUAUCACGAUAGGUUAAUUUACAUACUGCUUUCCCCAAGGUCAAAGAUGUAGGCAAUAUUGUUUACAGUAGAACCCCGUUAAUACGACCACAUUCGGGCCAUGGAAAAUUGGUCGCAUUAACGGGAUGGUCGUAUUA